AUGAUGAAGUUUGUGGUCCUCGCUGUCCUUGUUGCUGGUGUGUACGGGUGUGGCCAGCCCACCUUCCCGCCUGUGGUGACCAGGGUGGUUGGAGGAAAGGAUGCCAGGCCUCACAGCUGGCCCUGGCAGAUCUCUCUGCAGUACAACUGGGGGGGCGAGUGGAGACACACCUGUGGAGGCACUCUGAUCUCUGAGAAGUGGGCUCUCACUGCUGCUCACUGUAUCAGCAGUGGCACGAAGUACAGAGUGGCCAUGGGAAAGCACAACCUGAAGCUGAAAGAGAAGGGGGCUGUGUUCAUGGGCACUGCUAACAUUACUGUGCAUGAGAAGUGGAACCCCUCCUUGAUCCAUAAUGACAUCGCCCUGAUCAAGCUGGAGUCUGCUGUCACCUUCUCAGACACCAUCAUGGCUGCCUGUCUUCCCAAGGCUGGCUUCAUCCUUCCCCAUGAUGAACCCUGUUACAUCACUGGAUGGGGACGAAUCUCCACCGGAGGUCCAACUGCUGACAUCCUGCAGCAGGCCCUGCUGCCAGUGGUCGACCACGCUACCUGCACCAAGCCCGACUGGUGGGGCUCCCUGGUGAAGGACACCAUGGUGUGUGCCGGUGGAGACGGAGUUGUGUCUGGAUGCCACGGAGACUCUGGCGGCCCUCUUAACUGGAGGAACGCUGACCGUGCCUGGGAGGUACACGGUAUCGUCAGCUUCGGCUCCGGGCGCAGCUGCAACUUCCCCAAGAAGCCCACCGUCUUCACCCAAGUCAGCUCCUACAUCGACUGGAUCAACUCCGUAAGUUCUGGAAAUGCUUUCACUCUGUAA